CAUCACUAUCCCUCUCCUCCUGCGGCGAGCCUUCGGUCGACGUCUCCGCCGCAAAAAAACAAGGAGCUCAGGAUGAUGCGCGCGUCCCACGGGGGAUGCUCUAAAUGGGCCACGCAGCGUGGAAAGACACGCUAGAAGAGGAGGACGAAGAAGAAGCGGGAGGGAUGUUUGGGUCUUUGUGGCGCUCUGCCAUCCUUCUCGGCUUCCUGUGCAUGUCCCCCGUUCGAGCUGACAGCCCACUGUCGGCUCCUCUCAAUGUGACCAUUAAGGAGAUCGAGGUCAACUCGGCCGUGGUCACGUGGGAGACUCCGGAGGGAGACCCAGUGAUUGGAUUCGCCAUCACUCAACAGAAAAAGGACGUGCGAAUGCUACGCUUCAUCCAGGAGGUGAACACCACCACUCGCUCGUGUGCCUUGUGGGGAUUGGACGAGGACACAGAGUACAUUGUUCACGUGCAGAGCAUAAGCAUGGGAGGCAGCAGUCCCCCAAGUGAGCCCGUUCUCUUCCGAACCCCCAAAGAAUCCGAGAAGCUGGCGUCCAAGACUCCGGAUGAGCUCACACUGGAAGAAAUGGGCGAGGCCGCUCAACUCCGAGCUGGCGAGGUCAUCAUCAUCGCAGUGGUUCUUGUCAUGUGGGCAGGCGUGAUCGCCCUGUUCUGUCGUCAAUAUGACAUCAUCAAAGACAACGAGCCCAAUAACAAUAAAGACAAGGCCAAGAACUCGUCGGAGUGCAGCACUCCCGAACAUCCGCAGGGAGGGCUCCUGCGUAGUAAUGUUUAACAGUCGCCAUCUGCCCAUCUUGCAAUAACUUCACCCCCCCUCCACCCUCAGGACAGAGCCUGAGAGCCAUUCUGUAGCCAAACAUGCCGCGACACAGAUUCAACGAUCAACUCCUCAUGGCACAAUGAACAAUUGUUGGAAAAACAUCUGAGUAAGUGGACUCAAACGCUUCCAACAGGGAAACAAUAGAGAAUAAAUCACAUUUUUGUUGUGAGCAAGUUUUUGUAAGCUCUCGAUUGUUUUUUGUGCCACUUCUUUGGGCGAUCCAUCUCGUCGCCGUCUUUCCGGCUUGUGGGCGCCCUUGACAUUUCAGGCAUACAAUGCAACAAUAUUUUAUUUUAUUUUUUUCAGCACAGCGUAUAUAUUGAUUGUUACUUUCACUCUUUUUUUAAAUGAUGCUUAUACUAUCAGCGAAAAAAAAAACACCCCACUUAUGUUGACAUGUUAUUUAUUAGAAAGCAAAUACAACGUAAAAAAUAGUAGCCUUUCAUUAUUCUACUUGUGCACUUGUGUUAGUCUUCACUCUAGUAGAAUAAUUAAUAACUUAAAAAGUUACUAGUAAGGCAGGAAGUCCUACUAGGGCAUUUUUAAGAUACUGUAUGAACAUUUUGCAUGCUAAUAGAAUGACUCAGUCGCACAAAGAGCACAUUGCGACAUAGCUCCUGCUCGACUUUGUCUUGUGUCCUUAUGAGUCACGGUCGUGCAAUCUCGAGCCAUACAGCCACACUUCCUCCCUCCCCGGUUCUCAUUAUGGCGACUUCCAUUAAGCUGCCUACUCCGGCCUUCACAUCAGCGUUUUUCCGCCUCAUAUCCCCUCGUCGCCAAAGUCCUUUUUCGUUGUUUGUCGUGCUUGAGCAACAGGCGAUUUUUUUUGUAAACAUAAUCUGCUGAGGAAAAAGUUGUUGCGGUGGGGCAUUACAAUCGAGCGCUCGAUUAAUAGAUCCUUACGAUUGUUUUAUCAUCUGAGGCAAAUAAGCAUCUGAACGUAAAACAUCAUCAUAAAAUAGUUUUUGAUGAAUUGUUAAUUUUCUCCAUUGUCCAGUGAGGAAAUGAAGUCAAUGGCCCAUCCUAUUUUCCGAGAAAAUGUGAAUGUUCCAGUAUGUACUCUACUACAUGAUCAAAAAAUAAAUAUUUUCAAUGAA